AAGGGUCCAUUGAUGGGCAGACUGGUUCAGAAGCGCUUCAGCCACUGUUGUGUUCUGAGAGUAGGUGAAGGGCUGUCACUGCAACAGAGGGAAGGGCGCAACACACUGACAGUCUAUUCGCGACUCCGUCCGAGCGGAAUCUUUGCGGACUUGUGAAAUCUGGGACUCUGCGCGAUCGAGAAGCAACUUUUGAAAAGCAGAUAGCCUACAUUUUAUUUGUUAUUUUUUUUAGGUUUGCGUUUAUUGAUUCAAUUAUUAGCUGAUUUUUUUUGCAGUCUUGGGAUAAGAAAAGCCGUCAAUAGACCUUCUAUUUAAGGCGUUUUGAAUUGACAGUAUUCUGACAGUUUUGUUUCAGAAACAACACAGGCUAUAUUAGUUUAAUUCGUUUACUAGUCAGUUCGGUACAUAGCUGAACAUAUCACAACAUUGGCUGCUAUAACUGACUUGUCAUUCAAACCACAAUAGGAUAAAGAACUGUGCGUGCGCUUUUUAUAAAAGUUUAUCUCCGUUUUUAAUUUAUUUCAUUAUCUUGCUCAAGAUGAUGAAUACGAUGGUAAUUCUUGCCGAGUUCUUUGUGGUCAUUUUGAAAGUGCUCUGGGCUUUUGUUACCGCCGGGGCGAAAUGGGUGGUGCGGCCGAAGGAGAAGAGUGUAGCGGGACAGGUGUGUGUGAUCACCGGGGCUGGAAGCGGUCUGGGUCGGCUGUUCGCCAAGGAGUUCGCUCGGAGACGGGCAGUAUUGGUGCUGUGGGACAUCAACAGCCAAAGCAACGAAGAGACGGCGGAGUUGGUACGGGAAAUCUACCGAGAACUGGACAGUGAAACCCCGAUGUCCAGAGACGGCGCAGUUGGAGGGUUAGAAGAGAUUCCUCCCUUCCAGCCGCAGGUGUACACGUACGUGUGUGACGUGGGCAAGCGGGAGAGUGUGUACUCCACGGCGGAGAAGGUGCGUCGGGAGGUGGGCAACGUGGACAUGUUGAUCAACAACGCUGGCGUGGUCUCUGGUCACCAUCUCCUGGAGUGUCCUGACGAGCUGAUCGAACGCACCAUGCGGGUCAACUGCCACGCACAUUUCUGGACCACCAAGGCCUUCCUUCCCAAGAUGUUGGAGCUGAACCACGGCCACAUUGUGACGGUUGCCAGCUCUCUGGGGCUGUUCAGCACAGCUGGUGUGGAGGAUUACUGCGCCAGUAAGUUCGGGGCCAUCGGCUUCCACGAGUCGCUGAGCCACGAGAUCAAGGCUUCGGAUAAGGACGGCAUUAAGAUGACGCUGGUGUGUCCCUACCUGGUGGAGACGGGCAUGUUCAAAGGCUGCAGGAUCAGGAAAGAGAUUGAGCCUUUCCUGCCUCCCCUGAAGCCAGAGUUCUGCGUAACACAGUCUAUGAGGGCCAUUCUCACCGAUCAGGCUAUGAUCUGCACCCCUCGAAUCGUAUAUAUGGUCAACAUCAUGAAAAGCUUCCUGCCCUUCGAGGCCAUCGUUUGUAUGUACAGGUUCCUGGGUGCUGAUAAGUGUAUGUAUCCCUUCCUGGCCCAGAGGAAGGAGCUGAUGAACAACAACGAGGCUAAGGAGGAUAUCUAACGGGAGGACCAGGGCGAAGGCACAUGGCCUGGAGGCACCAGGAUAGACCACUGAGGAAGCAUGGAUGAAGAGAAAUAAGACUGAAUCUAGACUGUUUCAUUGAGCGGAUACAAAAAGGUUGACCGUAUGGUUCUUCUGGAACGAUGCCAAGCUGUGUACAAAAACAAACAGCGUUUAUUUCAAAAACACAUUUAUUUCUGACGGUUGUUUUUAAACAAACCGAUCAUCUAUGUACUGUGUCAAUAGUUUUUAAAAAAUUGUUAUUUUAUCAUAUGAUACUUUUUAUUUUUUAAAGCUAUUCAGUAAUUAACUAUUUACAUCAUGUAGUCACCAGCUUUUUUUAUGUAGCGUCUCGGUGGAAAAUAUACAGUAUGUUACUGUACAGUACAAUCUUGUUACUUUUAGCUGUUUUAAUUUGUAGACAUGCACUGUAAUACUGACUUUAUCUAUAUGGCCAAGUCUCUGUCGAAACUACGGUUCAACGUGGCAUUUCCAGAAUUAUAUUACCCAGCAACCCCCCCCCUGAGGCUCAGUCUAACCAAUCACAACAUGAUGCUCCAAAUGGUUAUCCAAUCAUACUGUUAGCCAUCUUUAUGUAUUUUAAUUUCGCAGAUCACUUGAAGAUUUUCUGAUUAUUCCGUUUAUUUCAAACCCGUUCAUUUUAAACGUUAUUUUAUGUUUAUGUUAUUUUUUAUAAGUUUACAACAUUUUAACGUUAUCCUAAGUUUACAACAAAAAAAAAAUUGUAUUUCACUUCUUAAUUUUUUUUGUCACCAUGGAAAAUCCAAAAACAGCAAAUCAUUUCUAUUCAUCUUUCCAGCUGAAUACUCAAUUUCUCUCCUGUUAGAAUAGUGGUACAGAAUAUUGGAAUAUUAGCUCGCCUAUUGGCUGACCUUAACUGAGGCUUAUCCAAUCGGGUGACACAUUUCAGAACGUCCAGAUGUAAUGUGGAAUUCAACCAAGUUUUUUAAAUUGUAUUUUACCUUUAUUUAACUAGGCAAGUCAGUUAAAGAACAAAUUCUUAUUUUCAAUGACGGCCUAGGAACAGUGGGUUAACUGCCUGUUCAGGGGCAGAACGACAGAUUUGUACCUUGUCAGCUCGGGGAUUUGAACUUGCAACCUUCCGGUUAUUAAUCCAACACUAACCACUAGGCUACCUGCCGCCUCUACACUCUAACCACUAGGCUACCCUACCACCUCUACCCUCUAACCACUAGGCUGCCUGCCUCCUCUAACCACUAGGCUACCUGCCUCCUCUAACCACUAGGCUACCCUACCACCUCUACACUCUAACCACUAGGCUACCUGCCACCUCUACACUCUAACCACUAGGCUACCUGCCACCUCUACUCUCUAACCACUAGGCUACCUGCCACCUCCACACUCUAACCACUAGGCUACCUGCCACCUCCACACUCUAACCACUAGGCUACCUGCCACCUCUAUACUCUAACCACUAGGCUACCCUGCCACCUCUACACUACCCUGCCGCCCCAAGCCAGUUUUCAUAUAUCGUCCUUUCUGAGUUUCCAGGUGUUUUUCGGAAAUCCUGGUUGGAAAAUUCACAAGAUUCACAAGAAUCACAUGUUUUUAUGUAAUGAAUCUGCCACAGGAAUUUUUACAAUAUAGCACAUUUUGACAUUGCUCUCCCAUCAAGUUGACAUUUAUUGGGAUGAGUCUUGUCCUUGAGGCAGAACAGAGCCAUUUCUGCUAGAUGGGCCAGCUGCAAAGUCAAAAUUGGCUACAUUCAUAAAAACAAAUGUGCUUUUUUGGUCUAAAUUUGAAGUUAGGGUUCAAAUCUGAUUUUUGUGGCUAUGCCAGAUAGUGACCACUGUGCAGAUCUGCCUCCAUAACAAGAUUCAUGGUGAAAAACACCAACCUUACCCCAUCUAGCAGAAAUGGCUCAGUUCUGCCUCCAGAACAAGAUUCAUGACAAACUUCAACCUGUUGAAAGGUACUGGAAUUUUGCAGCCCCUAUUUCCUCUGGUUGAACUGACGGAGUCAAUCAGCCUGAAGGCUCAAUACCCUUCUGAACUCUGAUAUGAGUAUUGAUUGAUUGAUACUGAUGACUACUGCCUUUUUAGCAUUUUCUCCAUAAGACAUACUUCCAAUCCAACCAAUGACCAGCCCUUUAUCUCCCAGUGAAGGAUCUGUGGGCGGAGGAACUGUGUAGCUAGCUGAUCUAGAAACUCACGUCUUAGUGAAAACACGUCUUAGUCUCUCCCCCUCUCUCGUCCUCCACUACAUUCAUUAGUCUCUCUCUCUCUCGUCCUCCACUACAUUCAUUAGUCUCUCUCUCUCUCUCUCUCUCUCUCUCGUCCUCCACUACAUUCAUUAGUCUCUCUCUCUCUCUCUAUCGUCCUCCACUACAUUCAUUAGUCUCUCUCUCUCUCGUCCUCCACUACAUUCAUUAGUCUCUCUCUCUCUCUCUCUCUCUCUCUCUCUAUCGUCCUCCACUACAUUCAUUAGUCUCUCUCUCUAUCGUCCUCCACUACAUUCAUUAGUCUCUCUCUCUCUCUCUCUCGUCCUCCACUACAUUCAUUAGUCUCUCUCUCUCUCUCUCUAUCGUCCUCCACUACAUUCAUUAGUCUCUCUCUCUAUCGUCCUCCACUACAUUCAUUAGUCUCUCUCUCUCUCUCUCUCUCUCUCUCUCUCUCUCUCUAUCGUCCUCCACUACAUUCAUUAGUCUCUCUCUCUCUCUCUAUCGUCCUCCACUACAUUCAUUAGUCUCUCUCUCUAUCGUCCUCCACUACAUUCAUUAGUCUCUCUCUCUCUCUCUCUCUCUCUAUCGUCCUCCACUACAUUCAUUAGUCUCUCUCUCUCUCUCUCUAUCGUCCUCCACUACAUUCAUUAGUCUCUCUCUCUCUCUCUCUAUCGUCCUCCACUACAUUCAUUAGUCUCUCUCUCUCUCUCUCUCUCUAUCGUCCUCCACUACAUUCAUUAGUCUCUCUCUCUCUCUCUCUCUAUCGUCCUCCACUACAUUCAUUAGUCUCUCUCUCUCUCUCUCGUCCUCCACUACAUUCAUGAGUCUCUCUCUCUCUCCCUCCCUCUCUCCCUCUCUCUCUCUGUCUCUCUCCCUCUCUCUAUCGUCCUCCACUACUUGUGUCCAGUGAAGCUGAAAAUGUAAACGUUGGUUGAGUUGUUUUGAGUACAGUACUACAUUACCCACAAUUCCCUCCAUGGAAAUUAUUUUUCACUAGGGUUGCACAUUUCUGGUAACUUUCCUAAAAAAAAAAUCCAUCCCUGAUUUGUCUAGAAAUCUUGGUUAAAAAGGUUUCAGGAAUCAAGAUGUGGAGGAAAAAACAGGAAAUCCUCCAACCAGGAUUUCUGGGAAUUUGGGGAAAUGUACUGUACAUUUGCAACCUUAGUCUCCCCUGUAUUUGAUAUUUGGUUAUAUAUAUUUGAUCUAUUUUAGGGAAGAACACAACUACAUUCCUAUAGGCCUCAUUCCUCCAGCUACGAUAAUGAGUCUAUAAAUACUCUACCUCUUCAUUUGCCAUUCGUUGACAGUAUGACAUAAAAUCCUCUUUUCUUUUUGUUUUUGUUGUUGUAAUUCUUUUUUGAAAAGACUGCUCUUUAGUCGAGCACAUGUGGUUCCUAUGUUUAGUGUCUGUACCUAACUUAAAUAAAUAAAGUGAUUUUAGAUUAUAA